UCGGUGUUUUAUCAAGUGAGCUGCUUUGAAGUCAUUAUGCCUGAUCCAGCCAAGUCCGCUCCCGCGCCCAAGAAAGGCUCCAAGAAAGCGGUGACUAAGACCCAGAAAAAGGGGGAUAAGAAGCGCCGCAAGACCAGGAAGGAGAGUUACUCCAUUUAUGUCUACAAGGUGCUGAAGCAGGUUCACCCCGACACCGGCAUCUCUUCUAAGGCCAUGGGCAUCAUGAACUCCUUCGUCAACGACAUCUUCGAGCGCAUCGCCGGGGAGGCGUCUCGCCUGGCGCAUUACAACAAGCGCUCCACCAUCACCUCCCGGGAGAUCCAGACCGCCGUGCGCCUGCUGCUGCCCGGGGAGCUGGCCAAACACGCCGUGUCGGAGGGCACCAAGGCGGUUACCAAGUACACCAGCUCCAAUUUAUCCCCAGUGUUAAAUUCCACUAAUUUUAGAACAUCUUGGCGAAUCACAACUCUAGUUGAUAUCGGGGGAUAAGAGAUGGAAUUGACGGGCACAGUGAGUAAGUGAAUUUCCUCUUCACUUCAGUGGACCUGGUAAUUGAGUGAAUUGGAUAAAUAUCAGAGCUUUGAAGGAUCAUGCUAUUCAGCAAUUUUAAAUAUAUUUUUACCCCACAUGCCUGAAACAGCAUUAAUCAGUUUAAACAAUAUUUUUUUAUAUUUAGCUGUGACACCCCCAAGUACACUUUCCAGACCUUUGAGAACUAGAAGCUUAUCUCUCAGCAACAAAAACUUAUUUCUUGAUUGUUGUAUUUUUUUUUCUGAAGUCUGGACCUUUUCUCCAGAGACAAGGUGAGUCCAGUAAUAAAAUAUUUGAGUCUUAACAAAUAUAUUAC